GACUCAAGAUGAAGAUGGAGCUAGGAUAGGUUCAGAAAACCGAAUAUAAGAGAGUAAGAGAGAGUACAGGGGAUGACGCACACACAAUUGAAGAAGGGUGUCCGUGAACAUUCGAGAUCUCGGAUAGGCUGAUGAUACUCAUGGAUGAGCUUUCUUAAUUGUGGGCGUCCCCCCUACUCUCGAGUCACUAACCUCGAGAGCAGGCACAAACUUGUUGCAACAGGUCAGUGCUGAAUCAGUACUACUGAUCGAACGUCUACAGGUGAAUCGGUAAAGCGAGUGAACCCCAGUUAAAUCCCGGUUAAACUCCAGUUUACGACGCAGAAAAACAAACACGGAAGGAAGUAAAGAAGACACACUCGUUGAUAAAAAAAAUAAAUUAUCCAGUUGAGUGUUUUUUCAAAUUUGAAUGUGUGUAACAUCAGAUUUGUCACUAUAUAUAAUAAAAUUUCUUCAACAAAAUGAUGUUCAAGGAAAUGAGGAGAAGAAAGAAAGAAAGCGAUAUAUUAUUGACGAUGAGGAAGGCUUUGUAGAUGAUGGCAUAACUAACACUACUUCACGGUUUCGAAGAGAGCAUUUAUGAUGUGCAUGAGCGACAAUGAUUGUAUCCCAAAUAUCUCUUAUUGUUAUGAGGUUUCCAAAUUUUGUGUAAAUUAUAUUAAUUGCCGAAAUUACAAUCGUUUAAAUGGUACAGCACCGGCACGUAUUGCAGCGCAAUGUGGAGCUUGUUUACAAGGAUAUAUAACCGAAACGUACACAACCGGUGAAGAAAAGGAACUAUGUUAUAAAGAAAAUACAGAUGUCACAGAAAAUUAUAUUGGUUUAUCAGUACAUACAUUUAUAAUUGUACCUGUAACAUUUCUUUUUGUCGUAAUAAUUUUGUGUUGUAUAUACGCUCUAUAUUACAACAAAUCUACCUGUCCAAUCACAAAAAGUAUUAAAUAUAUUUUUUCAAAUAUUUGUUCUAUAGAUUGUUUAAAAGCUGACCUUAUGAGAAAUAAUACAGAAAAUAUUAAUACAUUAACAGUCGCGACGGCUCCAAUAGAAGAACAAAAACCAUUCCUUGAAAACGUUGAAAAUAUACAUCAUAGAGCGGACAUAUCAAAAGAAGCCGAUAGACAUCAAACCGCUAGGGUAUGUGUACCACCAAUAUGGGCCAGAGAAAAUGGUACAGAUCAAAUAUAUUUGGAUAAUAAUAAUGUGAAUGUUCCUAAUGAAAGGAAUUUUGUAACUCAAUUACAAAUUAUAAAUAAUGUCGCUACUAAUGAUCAGUUUAUGAGACAAUUGCCUAUCAUUGGAUACUCAGAAAAUAAUACGGAACAACAAGAUAAUACUAGGAAUACAGCAAUGUUGCAAGCUUCUUCAGCUAAUCAAAACAGCAACACGGAUUCGAGCCCUGAACCGAAUGAUAAUAAUAAUUGUAAUUGUAAUCAUAAAACUGUUAAAAUUCGUCAAUUAUUGCAACAAAAUAUUGGAAUGAAUGUGAAUGUAUAAUGAACAAAUUGAGAUUACUAUUAUUUAUAAUUAUUCCCAUGUAGCACAAAUCUUUAAAGAAUGUUCUAAAGACGUCAAAGGACAAUAAAAAGAUAUUCCCGAGACAUUUCUCGAAUAAAGUAUUCUAUAUGUACUAUUAUAUAUGUCAUAUGUUCAAUAUACUUUUCAUAUUAAAA